CGUGCUUUCCUUCCGCUCAACCGCAUCCUACUGUCCCGGGCACAUCCGGCCUAAAUUUGCCUCAAGAACCCUUCAGAGAGCCCCAAAACCAAGUCAAAAUGUCUUUCCUCUUCGGCCGCCAACCGCAAAUCUCCUCGGAGCAAAAGAUCGCUCAAGCAGAGGCAGAAAUCGACAUGGUGUCUGACAUGUACUCACGCCUAGUCCAAUCCUGCAGCAAAAAGUGCAUCGACACCGCCUACCGCGAAGCCGACCUCAACAAGGGCGAGUCCGUCUGCCUCGAUCGCUGCGUCGCAAAGUUCUUCGAGGUCAACGUCAAAGUGAGCGAGAAGAUGCAGGGCGAGGCGCAGAACAGGGCUGGUGGCGGGGGCAUGUUUGGUGGCAUGUAGAAGCCGAUUGGCGCUGUGAGGGCAAUGGAUGGCAGGUGGGGAUGACAUGGACGAGGCACUUUAGGACGAGGCAUUGGAGUUGGAGAACACAGCAUCUAUGGAAGGAGAUUCAGAAUCCCCGCUUUAUAUUAUCGGCGCAUGACAGGUCGGCAUGGCUCGAUGGAAUCUGAUAUUGUACAAUACUUUUGGGUCGGUGGAAUGGGUAGCGCCAACAACGAAUUCAAGCAAACCGGUUCGCAAUGAAGACGAUGGUUACUCUCCUCCAUAUAGUCGGCUUCGGACAUUCAGAGACGCAGAACAUCUUCCCACGUUAUGCUCCAUAGUCCUCAUCCCA